AUGUCUCUCUUCAUUCCUAUCUAUGUUCAGCUCACGCCCCAGUCCCAAUCAUUCAAUUUUAACAAUCCUGUCUUGGUCGAAGUCCAGGUUCCGUCCGAAGUCCAGAUUCCGUCCGAAGGCCAGGUUCCGUCUGAAGUUCAGGCUCCGUCCGAAGUUCGGGUUUCAUUCCAUGGUUACCGUCAAGUCUCUGAGGACAUCGGGGGCUUGUCAACUUUGCCAUAUCUCCUCCCUGGGUCUAGCAGUCAGAACCCGAUCGAUGUCGAGGCUCUCAGUGACACAGAGGCCAGCACCGUUGUUUAUUCCCAUGAUUUGCGCCGUCCCGGUGACAGUAUCGGUUUGUAG